AUGGAAGGCAUCCCAAUUAGAACUACUCUGGAUGCUGAAAAGACGGUUCAGCACGCUGCUCUUAUAACUCAGUUGACUGCCAAAGCAAGAAGUGUUGUACGAGAUUUAGAUCCGCAGAACGAUCUCACGUUUUUGAGGAUACGCUCGAAGAAACAUGAGAUUAUGGUGGCACCAGACAAGGAGUAUAUUCUCAUCUCGGCAACCAGCAAACGCUCCAAAGGACAGGACAUUGAGAGGGCUGGAGGUGGUUGUUUCACAACACCAGUUAGACAUUACAGUAACAAGCUGGAUCUUCAAGUCAUGCCAAUGUCUGGAGGCUCAUCGUCCGAUUAUGGAGUCAUGCUACCUCCUCCCGAUAGAAGACCGUCUUUAGCUCCUAUACCGCUUCACAGCCCGUUCGAUUUCUCAACGUUACUCGCUAGCAGGAGGAGAAGCUCAUUUAGUUUAGGACUAUGGGGCCUAGGAUCAUUAGACGAACCAAUGAUACAGACCACAACGUCGGCUCAAUAUGGAAACAAUAAUAAUAGCAGCAGCUCAUUAUGGUCCUUUGACGGAGCCUCACAACCCACGAAUGCUAGCAGCAGUACAUAUACUAGCAGUACAUCAACAACACCAACUUCAGCCACUUCACCAAUCGAACCAUUCAAAACUGUAACAUACCGACCGGGGACCAAGGCUUCAUAUAGUAGCUCAACUACCAUGCCUCCAACUCCCGUUGAAACUCAAUCAUCGGGCCAAGAUGAGCAGCAACCCGUAACAUGCUGCAAUACGACAUUUGCAACUGUAGUAGAGUACUUCCAACACAUCAACCAACAGCAUCCACAAUAUCAAAACUCAACAUCACAACAUGUUGAUACAUUAGGAAUUGAUGGUGUAGAUGACGACGAGAGUGAUGGCCAUGAAGUCAAAUCUGAAAAGACGUGGAACCGAUUAUUAGUGAAUAUCAUAAAUGAUGAUGAAACGUCUCUUCCAGUAGUCAGGCCGCAUGGAGAACCAUCUUAUAUACGACGAAUGUCUGCUCAAUUCGAAUCAAUGAGACUAAACAGACCAGCACCAGCAACUACAUCCGAUAAUAGUAAUGCUAGGUCACCAUUACAGGAUCCACACCGUCGUGAUCAAUUCCUUGAACAUGUAUUUGACUCCGAUGAGGACGAUGAUUCAUCAAACAUGUCACCACCUGUUACCAUCAAACUCGAAUCCAACAAUGGUAGCAGUACUCGUGAAACAUUGACCACCCCACCAUCUAGCCCUUCUGACGAUGACGAUGAGGGAUAUACACCUCCUGUAUCUAAACGACCAAGAGAAGCCUCCAUAAUCGUCCUCGAAAACAAGAGGCCAAAAGGAGAAUGGCUACCUGGCACAAUAACUAAUGCUACAAACAAUAAUAGUAAUAAUAAAUCGAUGAGUCAUACUAGUAUGGGAGGUAUGGUCGGAUCUCGUGAUGAUAUGGUUAUGGAUCGAGCUAUGUUGAUGCCUUCUGGUGUUCCAGAGGCCUACAAUCCAGCUUCGUUUAUACAUCAUCAACAGCAAAUGGCCGCUGCACGGGCUAGAGCUGCUCAGUUGCUCAUGUCUAGUCAAUACGGAAUGCAGCAAAUACCGCCAUCAACAUCUGCACCACCUUCAUCUUUAUUAUAUGAUUCUCAAUCGGCUGCUACAACAAUGUCACCAUCAAAUCUGCACACACCGCACUACCAAUCCACCAUGAUGGCCCCAUCAGCCUUAUCAACAGUCCCAUCUAUAUUAUCACCCAAUUUCAGCGACAUGACAACCCCAUCUCCACGCCACAUGGAUGAUCCAGAUGGUAGAGAAGACGAUGCAUUAGGUGAAUUAGAUGAAGACGAAUGGACGAAUCAACAUGCUCCACCUGUACGAGCUGGCAGUGCGCCACCAGUAUCAUCAUCCGCAUCAUCGAAUAAUAAUGGUAAUACCGGCACAAAUAGUAGUAAUGUCAUUAUGAGAGAAGAACGAGGACGAGCUGUGGAACGAGUCAAGAAGGGUACGCAUGCGAUGGGACGAUCAUUGUCGCCUGGAAGUGCCAGUGGUAGAAUGGAUUCUGAAGAUAGGAUGGCUGGUGGUUCUAGUAGCAGUCACAAAACAAGCUCUUCACCUAAACGAUUAUACAAGUGCCCAAAACCAUUCUGCUCUAAAGUCUACAAGAACUCAAAUGGUCUGAAAUAUCAUUUGGAAAGAGGACAAUGUGAAGCUGAUAAUUCGGAUGUUGAGAGUGAUUUGCCGGAUGAUGUGCGAGUUGCUGUUAGGCCGUACUAUUGUAGAGCUGAUGGAUGUGGGAAACGAUACAAGAACUUGAACGGCCUGAAAUACCACGCGAAGGUGGCGCAUGCUGGUAUGGACUUUAAGAGUAAGAUUAAGGGCCAUAUCGCACCAGCAGGUUCGCCUAGUACUUGA